GGAGGAGGUCUUCGAUUAAAACUAUUAUCACUGAUUGGUUCGUAGUGGAUGAUGUCAAGGGCUUGAGGAGGGGCAUCGGCCGAGAGAGCUUUGCAAUUGAGGGGAACGUCACGGCAACUUCAUUUGGAGAUGUGAAGUAAAUGCAAUAGGGCCUGCUCUUGGUCAGUUAGCUCUCUGUCUCUGUUCACACAACUUGGCAUACUUACCACAUAUCUGAUAAACACCUCAAUGGGUUUUUGUGACAAAUCUCGACACUCGCCUGCUUUUAAUGGAAUACCGGUGCUGAUAUGUGCAUUACUGCUACCUUUAGGGGUAACAGGGUUUCCGAAUCCAUCGGGAGGGCAGGCUUAUCAACUUACAUCUGUCCACAAUGUAGAAUCAAAUGCAGAUGAAUCAGGAGGCAUCUGGGACAUUGCCUUCGCUCUCAUGCCCCAGAUUGAGAGCCUCGUACAGAACGUCACACAGCAGGCUUCGUCAUCCAGUCUCAAGGAUGCUGAACGCUUCAAGGAUAUCAUACAACUGUUCAUCCCCUUCAUGAGGAAGACCCUCGAGUUUCAAGCUGAAGAUGAGGGUCGCAAAGUCAGCGCUGAUGAGUUCGAAGUACUUGAUGCCGUGGAGUUUGCUUUGCAUCACAUUUCUCAAUUAGCUUCAUCAGCUAUCGGAACAGGCUCCUCUUCAGGUGAUAGCUUUGACCCCAGCAGCUUCCUCCCUGAUUAUACAGAUCUUCUCUUAGACAUUCCAGAUGUUAAUAUACCACCUGUUGUUAUACCAGAAACUAAAAUUCCAGAACUGACAAUUCCAGAAAUUAACAUUCCAGGAGGUUCUGAUAUUCCAGAGAAAAAAAUAACUUUCCAAAACAUUCCAGAAGUAAAUAUCCCAGGUAAAACUGUACCUGUGACAAGUGGUCCCCUAACUGACGGGCUUAGGAGAACAAAGCCUGCUACCAAAGGGUCUACCACUUCUAAUAAGUCUCCCUCCAGAAUUCUGCAGCCACAGACAACAACAGCUAAACCGAUCCGGGCAACUACAACACAGAAGCCCGUGAAGCUGCGCCCAACAGAGCAAAUGGUCAAGACACCAACGCCUGAAGGUGCACCGUCCAGAGGGCAGGCUAAAGGCCCCCGAAGGACUGCGCCUUCAAGUGUUCUUCGAGAGAAACUAUUCGCCACUGAAGGUAGGACCCUCAACGCAGAAAAUGAGGCGAAACAGACGCUGCCCUUCAGGCACGUACCCCAAAGCGGAGGGGAUUCAGAACCGACUACAGUAGUCCAUUCACUACCGGGUGGCGGUUUUUUCUACAGGGUUACGCAAUAACGAAUGUGACAAAAAUCGACUGUCCUUCUUGGCUAGUUAAGAACGUAACAAAUUUACUUGCCAAAGAUGUAUAUUGACCAAUACUGUUUGAGGAUUUUUCCCUGCUUUAUAUUCGCUUGUAUACUGACCACUGGGCAUUAUUCUCAUACUUCAAGGGAGGACUGAGGAACGACCAUCUUGAAUGAAAGGAUAUUAAAGGAUUUAUCAAUCUUCAUUAUCAAUUUCGUUAUAGUCAAAAAUAGUUUUUCGUAAAAAAAAAAAUUGUAAUUGCAACGAAUCUGUUUGAAAUGUGCUCUCCACUUUUGUUAGCGGGAUAUAGCAGAAGAAAUAAGGAAAAAUAGCAAAAUUUCAAUUCUUCCUAUGCGCCACAUUAACUUUCAAUUCUUUUAAGUGCCAAAGGAACUUGUUUUCUCAACUGCUCAAGUCUAAUAAUGCCCAUAUGUCACAUUAAAGGUAUGUUCAGAUAUAUUCAGAAAAUCAAAAUGCCUUCAAAGAGAGAUAGCAACAUUGUAACUCACAAGGUCAUAGUACUCCUAAUUUUAAGUGAAACAGGAUAAGCUUCUAACCAUGUACAUUAACAUUGUAGUCUAUGCUCUUACGAUGUACCUGUAGAUAUGAAUGUAUAUUUUCGUCCACAAAAAUGUAUUAUUGACAAAUAAAGAGCCUUUUAUAGCUCGUAAAUAAU